GGGAAGGGCCGCCGUGUCAGGCACGGGCCGGGCCGGGCCGGGCCGGGCCGCCCGCCGUCAUGGGCUGCGGCGCCGGCCCGGUUGGGAAACGAGGUCGGCCCGUCGGCCGGCACUGGGUCGCCGGCGCCGGCGCGGGGGUGGGAGAGCCCGCGCCGGCCGCCUCCCGGUGACCCGCCUCAGGGUCGCCCGUUCCCGUCUCCGGAGAGGCCGCAGCUCCCGGAAUCCGGCGGCGGGCUGGCCGCCUUACGUAAGCGCGGGGCAGCCGGGACGGGGACGGCCUUGGUGUCGCGUGCUGGCCGGCCGGGCGCGGCCCUCUGGCGGCCGGUGGCGCGGCGUCUUGGCGGGGGCCGCCGCGCCGCGCCGGAUGUGCCCAGUCAGCGGCCGCUCGCAGAAUUCCCGGCUGACGUCACGCGGCGCGGCUAGUACGGCGGCCGGCGCCGCCGGAGCGCCAGUCGUCAGCCAGCAGCGAGUCGGUGCGGACGUGCAGCCGCGAGCUCCCCGACGUGAGCCAGCGAGCCAUAGCCAGACAGCGAGUCGGUGCAGUGCGACAGAUAUGUGGGACAUAUACACGGAGGUGCAGACCGGAGUGUGCGGCAAGAUGCCCAUGCAGGCCAAAGAGCAAGUCCAGCGCCACCAGGUGCCUUUCCAGACGGCCUACACCGUCGGCAAGGUGCUGGGCAAGGGCGGCUUCGGCACAGUGUACAGCGGCAUCCGCAACCGCGACCGGCUGCCGGUCGCCAUCAAGCACGUGCUGAAGCGGACCGUCACCAACUGGGGCACGCUCAACUACCAGCGCGUGCCCAUGGAGCUGGUGCUGCUGAAGGAGGUGCAGAACGUCACCGGCGUGGUGCGCUGCCUCGACUACUACGAGCGCCACGACAGCUUCAUCCUGAUCCUGGAGCGCCCAGACAACUGCAUCGACCUGUUCGACUACAUCUCGGACCGCGGCGCCCUGGACGAGCACGUGGCGCGCAGCUUCUUCAAGCAGGUGGUGCGCACCGUGAUGGCCUGCCACGCGGCCGGCGUGGUGCACCGCGACAUCAAGGACGAGAACAUUCUGGUCGACCAGCGCACCGGCGAGCUGAAGGUGAUCGACUUCGGCUCGGGCGCGCGACUCAAGGAGGAUCUCUACACAGACUUUGACGGCACCCGCGUCUACUCUCCGCCCGAGUGGGUGCAGCGGCGCUGCUACCACGGCGUUCCCGCCACCACCUGGUCGCUGGGCAUCCUGCUCUACGACAUGGUGUGCGGCAACAUCCCGUUCGAGGAGGACCACCAGAUCAUCCGCGCCGAGCUGGCGUUCCGCGGCGGCGUAUCGGCCGAGGUGCGCGACCUGAUCCGGCGCUGCCUCUGCAUCCGGCCGCAGGACCGGCCCUCGCUCGAGGAGGUGAUGCGCCACCCGUGGAUGGAGGCGCAGCUGUCCAGCUCGCCGCCCACCGACAUCCCCACGCGCCGCCUCUCCGGCUCGCUCAGCUUCUCCGACAAGAGCACCUCGAGCCAGGAGAGCGUUUGACGGCCGUGCGUCGGUAGCCGACGGUGAACUAGCUCAGUAGCGGCGCCGCCGGUCCGGCGCCCGCGUCGGCCCAGCGCGGCACGCCGCCGUCGCGCGGACGUUAAACGUGCAUCAUCCUCGCAUCGGGCCGUCCAGUGGGCCGCCCUGCCAAUGCUUUAACGGCCUCCGGCCGGCGGCCGCGCCGCCAUGUCUCAGUGUACAUACCAUCGCCGGCCGCCGGCCGCGCCGCUCUCAUCCCCAUCGUUUUAUUAUGUUCCUAGAGGCGGCGCCCAGGCCGUCGCCGCAGCUCACCCGGUCGUCGAGAGAGUGUCAUCUCGUGUGUGCGUGUGUAUAUUUAUUUCUAUAUUAUUGUGCGAGGUGGUGUGGUAUGUGCGAAGAGUGCCGUUGUUGUGUAUUGUACAUAUCAGCUGGCGACUCAGGGCUCUGCGAGGCCCGCCGGUUUGCGACCACUGACGAAGCAGCGCGGAUUCCUAACCUGUGCCAUGACAGAGCACCCGGUGCCCAUUCGCGCCUCUAAAUCGUGACCGCGGGCGUCGCCCGAUUUUAGCAUGCCAAAGAUGUCCCCCAAAGUCAGGCCGCGCGUGGCCUGCGGCGGAAUUCGCAGCCGGCCUGCGGCGGCGGCGCCGGUCGGCCCGGCGCCGCCGCCUCGUCUGACAUCGCGAUCGACGGCUGCCCAGUCAAUUCGCGUCUUCAUAAUUUUCAAGGGCAUAAAGCCCGGCCAAGUCAUGGCCCGGGCCUGUGACCAAUAGCCGAAUUUGUGCGUGUGUUUGUGAUGUACAUACGGACAGCUACCAGAAGACCUAUUUUUAUAUAGUAACGGUGAAAAAUAAAUGUACGUGUAUUA